AUGCCUUGUACGACGGUUGCGCAACGAAUAGAAUUCGCGUGUCGGUAAUUCGCGACACGGCUGCGAACGCCAGGCUGGUUCUUUUAUUAUAUAAACCGAGAGCGGAGGGUAUUGCGCGCGGUCUGCUCUGUCGACUCCUCGACUGCUACUGUCGCGGUCGCCGGCAGCGCCUCCAGGACAGAAAGUUUCCUUCGCAGAACCGGCCAAGUUUUCGAACGGCUUCCGCCGAAUCGGGCGCUGUUGCGCGAUCAAAGAACUCGCCGGGACGAAACAAAAUGCUAUGCAGAAUACGACGUUUCAAGUCGUAUUCUAUGGUAACAUUGGUAUUCCAAAAACCUCUCGUCGAGGAGGAACAAGGAAAGUUGCAUCGCUAACGCGCGACUCUCUUCGCUCGGACUAUAUCGGAUUCGCAACCCUGCCAGAGCAAGUGCACAGGAAGUCGGUUAAAAGAGGAUUCGAGUUCACCCUGAUGGUGUUGGGAGAAAGUGGCCUUGGAAAGUCUACCUUAAUAAACAGCCUGUUCCUCGGCGAUCUUUACAAAGACCGACGAAUCCUUGAUGCCGCCGGAUUUGGCGACGCGGUGAACUGCGAGGACACUUGGAAAGCGUGUUCAGCCUACAUCGACGAACAAUUUCGGCAAUAUUUCACGGACGAGAGCGGGUUAAAUCGGAAGAACAUUCAAGACAACCGAGUACAUUGCUGUUUAUAUUUCAUACCUCCUUAUGGUCACGGACUCAGACAAAUUGAUCUGGAGGUGUUAAAGCGGCUGCAUCGUAAAGUAAACGUAGUGCCUGUAAUUGCCAAGGCAGAUACGUUGACUACCUACGAGGUGAAGAUGUUGAAGGACCGAAUACUUGCUGACAUCGAAGAACACGAAAUUCAGAUAUAUCAAUUUCCGGACUGCGAUAGCGACGAAGAUGAGGAAUUCAAGCAACAGGACAAAGAGCUUAAAGCGUGCAUCCCGUUCGCUGUGGUUGGUAGUUCAACGGUGCUCGAAGUCGCAGGGAAGAAGGACAAUGCUGAUAUCCACGCACAUGCAAGAUCUGAAAGACGUGACGCAGGAUGUGCAUUACGAGAAUUUCCGGGCACAAUGCAUUUCACAGAUUUCACAGCAAGCCAUUCGGGAACGGAGGUAUUUACGCAUGUAAAUAAGUAUUGCAUUUCAGUAGGUAUACUUUUUUUUAGAUGUACGUCCAAUGUAACCUCUUCCCUCUUUCUUCUUUCGUUCAUUUCUUCCUUAUCGUAUUGUUGUUGUUCCCCAUAAGUAGAUAAUAUGCUGCUUCCCUGGGAAUUGAAUUUAACUCAAUUUUUUUUUUUUAAAUUUAAUAUCUAUAUCUAAAAAUAAAUUUAAUACUAUAUCUAUUAUUUAAAUUUAAUACUAUACUAUUAUAUUUUAAAUUUAAUACUUAUACUAAUAUUCUAUACUCGUCCAUUCUUUGCAUCGAUUUGACGUAAUCUUUCUUAUAAAAUGUGAAUAAAAUCAGAUCAUAAUAUAA